AUGGCCUUUCUUGGCACCCUGAAGCAGGCCCUCGAGCAAAAGGCCACCACGGCGACGGCGUCAUCGUCUCCAGGACACCGCCUGAGACGCAAAGUCACGAGAUACAGCGCCCUCGUACCCAACGGCUUGUUCGCCGCGAGCCUGCGAGGAUGGCUCUCCACCUCCCAGGCCGAGCCUCCGCUCCCUUGUCUGGAGAGCACACCCGCUAUAUCUGGAACUGCGUUUGGGGAGGCACCUGCCUUUGAUAUUGGCACAGACAGCGGCAUUGCUGGCGUCGACGGCGACAGCAAAUUCGACCUCAUUCUCCUUUGCAACCACGGCUUGUACGGCCCGAAUCCCGAGCCCGACCGCAACGUUAUCCAACGUGCGCUGGAGAUGCUCGUGGAGCGUGAUGGAUUGCUGGUGCUGCUGCACCGUGAGGGCCUGUACCUGGACGGCUUGGUGGCACGCCGGACGGUGCUCUUGCCCGGCGGCGGCGUUAUCCGUGUGCCAAGUGACGACGACGAGAGAUUGGAUUGCUUCGCAGCUUUCAUGGCUGGCUUCGCUGCGCCGGACGAGGCUACGGCAGCGGGGUGGCGCGAUGUCUGCCGCGUUUUGGGCCGCCGCGGUUGCAGUGAGGCCGGUGCAUCAGCUCACCAAGAAGAAGGAGAAGGAGCAGGAGGAGAAGGUCAGGACCAGCUCGUGUUCAGGGCGCCCGGCAUGGUCAUGGCAUCCUUCACCCGACACGCUGCAACAGCGCUGGGCGAGCUAACGGUAAAGGUGCCUUCGCGCUUGACGGAGAAGCCGGUCAAGAACUCCGAAGCGCGAUUGCGCUGUCCCGCUGCAAUCGUGAGGCCGACAGGUGGCUGGCAGGUGCAGGAGUGUGUCCGGUGGGCGCUGAGGCACGGUGUUGGCUUGACUGUCAUUGGCGGGGGUCACAGCGGCCACUGCCUCUGGCCUCAUGUCGUGGCGAUCGACAUGGAUGAGGAGGAGUACAGUUCUCGUCUCGUCCAUGCCCCCGCCGCCUCCACCACGGGUGACAUUGUCCGGGCUGCCAUGGGCGACAGGCUGGCUGUGCCUUUGGGCGCUCGGCCCAGCGUGGGUGCCGGGUCUUGGUUGCAGGGCGGUAUUGGGCACCUGGCCAGGCUGCACGGACUUGCAUGCGAUGCCAUUGUUAAUGCCAAGGUCGUUGGCCUAGCUUCUGGCGAGAUUCGAAGCGUGGGCUGCCUGCCGGACGAGUUUCAAUCGGUUUAUACUGGUGCCGCGAGUCCGAGUGACCUCGACCUAUUAUGGGCCAUCAAGGGCGCCGGCACCAACUUUGGCAUCGUGAUCGAUGUGGUUUUCAAAACGUAUGCGGCUCCGAAAUAUUUGAUCCGAAAAUGGCUUGUCCCGCUGGGUGACGUUCUUGAGGCGCGGCACAAGCUCCGCCAAGUUGGCAAGUUUGUCGGCGACCAGCUACGACUAGGCGUGACCAUGCUGAAAAUGUUGACGGCUGGUGCCGGUGUUGAAACGCCGACAACCGCAUCCGUCUCUAUGUCAGCUGUCUUGGGACCGCAAACAAGCUGCGUGACCGUGGAUGGUGUCGGCGUGUUCGACACCAAGAUGUACGUGUCCGAGAUGAAUCAUGGCUGCGAAAAACCGUCGUCUUUCAAGCGAAGUUUGUUCCUGAACGACAUCGGAGAAGCCAACAGCAUCGCCGACAUCUUGGUGGCGGCCAUCGAGGCCCGUCCUACACCACUCAGCUACCUCUAUUUGGCUCAGGGCGGCGGAGCAGUCGGCGACGUGGGAGCAGACGCCACCGCCUUUGGCUGUCGAGACUGGGACUUUGCCUGCACAAUAGCAGGCGUCUGGCCCCGGAGUCAGGAACGGUUCGAGAUCGCCCAAGCUGCCGUGGAUUGGGUCUACAAGGUUGGGGGGAAGUUGCUGCCCGUGAGCCGCGGCGCUUACAGCGCUGACCUCGGACCCGAUCCUCGGGAUACCGCGCUGGCUGCCAGCGCGUUUGGACCGAAUCUCCCGCGUCUGGCCCGUCUUAAGCGCAAGUCGGACCCACGAAAUGUGCUGGCUUCUGCUUGCCCGCUUCCGAGAAUACCCAUGGAACCGAAGCUCAUCGUGCUGGUUACGGGCGCAAGCGGUGUCGGGAAGGACUACUGCGCCGACAUCUGGGUGCGCUCAGUGGUCAUCAGCGAAGCGACUAAGCGCGAAUACGCCGCCGCCACAGGUGCCGACGUGGACCGUCUGCUACGAGACCGUGCUUACAAAGAUCAACAACGGCCUUCUCUGACCGCCUUCUGGGAGAGUCAGGUACAGCAGCGUCCCCGGCUGCCAGAGGAGCAUUUUAUGAAUGCGGUGUACGCCGCCGCGGAUGUUGAUGUUCUGUUCAUCACCGGAAUGAGGGACGAGGCGCCGGUCGCGGCCUUUUCGUAUCUGGUGCCGGAUAGCAGACUGCUCGAUGUUCGCGUUCAGAUUAGCGAAAGGACGGGGCGCGGUUCUCAGAUGGACGGUAAAGAUGGGCCCGUUGGUGACAGCAAGGAAAGCAAUGCCAUGCCGACUUCAAGGCCUAGCUCGGAUUACCAUACCAGUUACAUCUUCAAUAAUGACGCGACGGGAACAGGGCGGCCGUUACCCAUGGUGCGCCCAAUCCCCGACUUCCCAAGCCCCGGCAUUGAGUUCUGCCAUGUGCUCGACAUAGCCCAGCGGCCGGCCGGGCUCACCCUGUGCACGUCUCUCCUGGAGCAGCAUUUCUCCAGUGACUGGAACAAGAUCGAUAGGGUGGUGUGCUGCGAAGCCGGUGGUUUCGUAUUCGCAACGGCGCUGGCCGUGCGGGUCAAUGUUCCCCUGGUGCUGAUCCGCGAAGCCGGCAAGCUGCCCCCGCCGACCGUUUCCGUCGACAGAUCCCCCUCGCAUAUUUCAGCUUCGGCGUCCAGUCGCCCCAAGAAGCGUAUCGAGAUGGACCGGGAUGCGAUUCCCAGUGGCGCGUCGGUGCUGGUAGUGGAUGAUGUCCUCGCGACGGGCCAGACGCUGUGCGCGGUCUUGCGGCUGUUGGGUGAAGCCGGCGUCGCCGCCGAGAAUGUCAGCGCCAUGGUGGUUGCUGAGUUCCUGUCCACCGUGGCCAGGAUUUGCUGCGCCGGCGUGACUUUGGCAAAACUGCGUCAAGCCCGUGGCUCCUGCUCCAGUGGGCUAGAGUUCCUGGUCUAUUCUCAGGGGUCGUGACCUGUUAGACAGUCCAUCCGUCUCUACC